AUGCCAGUACAUCGUGCCCCCGACUGGCAGCGCAAAUAUGUGCGGCACCUCAUUGACAUCUUUCGUGCCCCUCAGUUGUCACAGCUGGCGGGUUUCUUGAGGUCCAUGAAGGACGAGGGCAUGGACGCGAACUCCCGAUUCCCCAAAGUCCGCAUUUUCGACAUGAAAUAUCGUGGAUCCCCUUCGCCAGCGCCGUGCAUUUCGCACUUGGACUACUACACUUCCGCGGUGGAGUCACGCUGCCGCGCGUGGCUUGUGGAGAACGGGAAGGUGAAAAAGAUGUGGUGCGAGGACCAACUUGCUGAGCGAGAGCCCGUGCAGAAGGAUAUAUCCGACGCUUGCAUCAGCAAGGGUGGCAAGUUGGUGCGGCAGACCCUGGCGGACUCGCUCGAUGACGACGAGGCCUCGGCAGUGUCCAUCAUGGCGCUCAUGAAGAAGAAGCGCUCGUGGAUGGACUCCAACGACCGUUUCAGCAAGAUCGAGCGUGGCUUUUGGGAGGCGGUGACGGGCACCAUGGCGCAGUCGCGCUUGGAGGGCAAGGUGAUCGGGUGCUUCCCCACCCCGCCCCUCCGCAAGAAGGAUUCGGAGAUCUUGGCGAACUUCGAGAGUAUCAACACGUCCCAGCUGCUGUACUUUUGCGGCGCGUCCUCGAAGUCAUGGUGGACGACGGUUUACGGCUACGUGAAGGCGAUCUGCGCCGGCGCGGCCCCGGGGCUGGAGAAGGCCAAAGAGUCGGACUUCAUGACGAAGUUCCAGGAAUGCCUCAAAAACCAAUGCGAGUUCGAGGAGGCGGCUGGCAGUGAUGGGGCGGCGGGGACGCUCUAUGGCCAGGCCGCCAUCGCGAAGCACUACGAGGCAGUGAAGGCAAAGAUGCAGGAUGCGGAGGCCAAGCUCGUGUACAAGGACAUCAAGGAGGUCAUCAAGUUCGGUUGGGCCCUCGCGCCGAGCGAGAGGCAGUCCGCGGCGAAAGCUCUGACCCUCGCUGGCCCCAAGGGGAAGAACGCCGACGAGAAAGAUGCCAAGGCCAAGAGUCCUGCCGUUAAGAAGGCGGCGGAUGAUAAGAAGGCUUUGGUGAGGUCUCUGUUCAUGAAAAGGAGCCCGCCGUGA